CAGAUUCACUAAGGGACGGCCUCCUAAGGAGCCUUUGAUGCUGUUUUCUUUUUCCUGGGCUUCCUUCACAAUCGCCCCCAUCGGUAAAAACCCUAACGAUAACUACAAAUCUACCUCUUCACAAAGGGCUUGGAGAGAAGCGCUACAUGCCUAUUUUACAGAUGAAGAAACUGAGCGUUGGGGUCAGAACCAGAGCCAGAGCUCCUGCGCUUGUUCCCUUAUUACGCAGGCCCGGCCCGCGUUCCGCGUAAUUGAAUCACGGAAUCUCAGAACGUCAGCUCCCUGAGGGCAGGGACCGCCUGGUUCUCUUAUUCGUGCCGCCCAAACGGAAAUGGUUUAGGAGGAAUUCCCAAAGGCGAACUGAAAAGGGGCGCCGGGAAAGGAAAAAGACCCCCGGCUUUUUCCAUGACAUAACUAACUAGUCCAGCCCCACUUCCUUUAUUACUUUUCACUAGAAGGUCUCGGCUGAAGAAAACCAUCCGACAGUAGGGGGCAUUAAAGUCGCGACUCUUUCGCUAGAACGGGCGAGAGAUAAUCAGCCGACCACUUCCGGUUCGGCGCUCCCCGUGAUUGGUCCCAGCUAGAGAGGCUUCCGGCGCCCUCCGGAAGGCCGCUGCCAGUCAGGACCAAGUUGCUUUCCGGAGCGCCCGCUGCGCUUUGCUGCGGUUUCUGGGCUUCCCCGCCGGUUCUCCCUCCGCCCGCCCGGUAUCGCCGCCAUCAUGUCGGGGGGACUCCUGAGCGCGCUGCAGAGCGAUUCCUACGUGGAGCUGGGCUGGUACCGCGACCAGCACUUCCGAGGGAAAAUGGACGACCAAGAAAAGUUGUUAAAGAAAAGCUGCACUCUGUACGUGGGCAACCUGUCCUUUUACACCACGGAGGAGCAGAUCUACGAACUCUUCAGCAAAAGCGGCGACAUCAAGAAGAUCAUCAUGGGCCUGGACAAAGUGAAGAAGACGGCGUGCGGCUUCUGCUUCGUGGAGUACUACUGCCGCGCCGACGCCGAAAACGCCAUGCGCUACAUCAACGGCACCCGCCUGGACGACCGCAUCAUCCGCACGGACUGGGACGCGGGCUUCCGGGAAGGCCGGCAGUACGGGCGCGGGCGGUCCGGGGGCCAGGUGCGCGACGAGUACCGGCAGGACUAUGAUGCCGGGCGGGGGGGCUACGGGAAAAUCGUGCAGAACCAGUGAGGCCGGGAAGCGCGCAUUUACAAAAAAAAAAAAAAAAAAAAAAACCCAACCAAC